AUAUUCCAUUUAUGACCAUUGAGAAUGAAGGAUCAACAGAAAGGAUAAAUGAAACACAUUCAGUUUUCUUUGACAUUCUCGUAUCAGACGGAGAGACUCCAGAUAAAUACGAAGAAAGGGUUAUCAUACUGAAAAAAAGUCAUAUUUACGAAUUUAUACGAAUGGUAGCUCGAGAAAAUGGAAUCCAACUCUCUGGGUGGUCUACUAUAAAUAAAUAUAUAUGUAAGAAAGAGGAUUUCACAACAAUAAGUGACCGAUUCCCCAUUUCAGCUCUCUUACAAGAUCGUACUCUUAUUCUUACAUGGGAUAUAGAAACAUAUGCUUCACAAAUGGGAGAAUUUGCAGAAGUUCUUGAACAGAAAAACAAGGUCUUUAUGAUUAACCCACGAUGGGUUAUAAUCAUAUGUGGAAAUCAAGUAAAUUUGCUAAAAGCUUUCGCUCUCUGUUGGCGAGCAUUUGCCUCUGACAUUCAAGUUGGAUUUAAUGAUUCGACUAUGAUUAAUAAAUAUUGUGGAAAGAUAGGAGCAAAAUCUGAAAAUAAUUUCAUGAUGAAAGGAAAGAAAAAGGAUACAGAUGAAAAGAAGACCAUAUGGGAAUCGGGUGAGAAGGUCGAGGAAAAGAAAGAUUAUAUGGGAGCAAUUAAGAUCAAAAUUACUGGAGAAGAGGAUUUCUUUUCCAGUUUUCUUAAACUGCCAGGAUGCAUACCAAUUGAUGUCCGAGUAUGUCUCAAAAAACGUUAUUCCCAUUCUGAAGUCGAAAAGGAAGGGUCGCUUAAAUUCUUCUUAAAAAAGUGUAGCCUUGACACUAAAGCUGACAUGCCAUAUGAUGAAAUGUGA